CUCCUGUGGUAAGUCUUGGCGCUUUCCGAAGUGCUUGCAGGCGGAUCGACCCGCAUUUCGCGCCUUCCUUAUUCAGUGUUGCCUAGCCAACGAUGCAAACGCGUCUGGUGUGGGGCGCUUGAAGCUACCCCAGGGUGGUCCCGCAAAAAAGCCCAUAAAACCAGCGCCCCUGCUGCCUUCCUCACCAAACACGCAGUACACAUGCAAUCGAGAACCAGCAGCCGGCACUCGCGAUCCAGCUGACGCAAUUGCGCCAAGUCUGUUCUUGCUAGAGAAAUCUACUGAUUUUACAUUUCGCAUUGUCACCUCAUUUUCCAACUUGAUCAAUCUCGCUUCUUCCGCUUGCUCUUUCCCACCGAGUCUCGGACGCGCCUGACGCCGUUGACGCCAUGGCGAGAGACGAAAACGCAGCCUUGUUCUCGGACGACGAGAGCACUAAAGAUCUUGAGGCGCUGAAGCCUAUGAAGCUCAGCGCGCUCACCAAAGCGCUUCUUGGAGACAAUGUCUCGAAUGGAUCAACGACGCCGCCGCGGCGGAGUUCAAUUCCAGGCCCGGUGCGGCCGACACCAGGAGACCACGAGUCUUCUUGGCGACGCACCCGUGACGGACAGAUUCGUCGGACACCCUCUCCGUCUGGCUGGGAGCCGCGGAAGCAGGAAAACUCUUCUCCCACCCCUGUUAAUAAAACGCCAUCGCCAUCUCCAAGUCGACCCCAAAGCCCAGUGCCCCGGAAGAGAGUCGUGCGCCUCGGCACCGGCCAUUCCGCGAACUCAGCCCAGAGGUCAAAUCCGAGCACGGCCCACCAUCACAGUCAGCGGGCCUCCCUCUCGAUAUCCACUCGAGGAAAAAGACCGCAGAGCUCGGACGGCUCCAAGGUGACCAAAGAGUCACCAGCUGUAUCCCAAGAACAGCCUGCUAAGACCCCAGUGGUUCCGUUGAGAACCGUUCGGAUUGCCGUUUCAUCAUCCGGCCGCAAACCCACAGACGGUUCAUCGGAUGUCCGCCCCAAAUACAACACACGCUCGGCCGCCCGUGAAGCUCAGUCUGGACCCGUUUCCUCGACACGGUCAUCCGCCGCAGCCUCGCAAAGCUCAAUGCGGGUCAAGAGAGUUGCGAAGAAUCCAGGCAGCUUCCUUUCUGGCCCCGCUCGUCGCGGACUUCGGAGACAGAGCGAGGAAGAGCCUGAGGCCCAGCCAGAGGUAGACGCGGAUGGCUCGAGUCAGGAGCCUAGAAGCCAGCAUCCUCAGUCCGGAAGCCACCAAGACCCUCCUCAAUCAGCAGCUUCAAGAUACGAUGACUCAGCCGCGUCUGGCAGCCCUAUUAGCGCCAGGGUCUCAGCUUUGGCUGCUCUCCGGAAACAGAAGUCGACUUUCAUGUCACCCUACGGGCAGCAGAAGUCUGAGGAUGAGCAUCUAAAGCUCCUCUACCGGAUGCCCGCUCCGCUUCCGCAGGACGUCGCCAAGGAAGACAAGGAGAAUAACAUUUCAUCCAAAAUCCCCGCUGCGGCGCCGACUUCAAUUGCGACAAAGAACCGCCCUCCUUCCGCUGCCGACGAGAAGGUGCCGGCGCAGAUCGCACCACCUGCCACGUCAGCCAGCAUCAAAGCCGCCCCCAAGGACAACGACAACGUCCUGGCCGCCAAACCUCACAAUGCGCCUCAAAGAAGUGCAGCGCCUCCUCCUCCCCCUAAGAUGUCGGUGGUCGAGACGGCCACCACUGCUGCCGGUGCUUCGACCGCCGCCAGCAAGAAAAAACAGUUCUUGUUUCGCGUCAACGGCAGAAUGUAUACACGCCUCGAUACGCUCGGCCGCGGCGCAUCCAGCAAAGUCUACCGCGUUUCAGCCGAAAACGGGAAGAUUCUUGCGCUCAAGCGCGUCUCGCUUGAAGGCCUGGACGACAGAACCAUCAAAGGUUACAAAGGAGAGAUCGACUUGCUGAAACGGCUAUCCGGGGUCAAUCGUGUCAUUCAACUUAUCGACCACGAAUUCAACGAGGAGAAACAGAUGCUUAGCAUUGUGUUGGAAGUCGGGGAGCUCGACUUCUUGACUUUCCUCCGAAGCCGGACCUCAGAAGACAGCAAAUUCGACCCGGUUUUUGUUCGGUAUUGGUGGAAAGAGAUGGUCGAGUGUGUCCAGGCAGUGCACGCCAAGGAUAUCAUCCACACCGAUCUCAAGCCCCAGAACUUCGUCAUUGCCCAAGGCCGACUGAAAGUUAUCGAUUUUGGCAUCGCCAACGCCAUCCAAACCGACAUGACGGUCAAUGUGCACCGCGACGCGCAGGUCGGCACUCCGAAUUACAUGUCGCCCGAGUCCCUGAUGGAUUUCAAGGAAUACGCCCUCAACUCGGCCAACCAGGGCUCUUCUGGUGUCCCGCUCUUGCAUCGACCCAAACACUUCAAGCUCGGCAAGUCGUGCGACGUCUGGAGCCUGGGUUGCAUCCUGUACCAGCUCGUGUACGGAAUGGGGCCGUUCGGCCACAUCUCCAACGUCGUUCAUCGCAUUCAUGCCAUCAUAAACUUCAAUCACCAAAUCAACUUCCCAGAAACCACCCAGGACGGUGUCCGGGUGCCCCCCAGCCUCAUUCGAACUAUGCGACGAUGUCUGCAGCGCGAUCAGUCGCUGAGGCCCAGCUGCGACGAGCUGCUCUCCGAAACGGACCCCUUCUUGUAUCCUCUGGAGCUGUCGCCCAGCGUCUUUGCGGCGGCAGACCAUGGCGACGUCCUUCCGAUUACGUCGGACCUCCUUCGGGAUGUCAUCUGGAAUGUCGUUCGGCGCUGCCGGCAAGGCAAUGUUGACGAGAACGAAGCCCUCAGACUCUGGCCAGCCGCUUACUGGGCGAGCUGCAAGAAAGUUCUGGCUGGCAUGAAUGCUUCUGGUGGAGGCGGAAACGGGCGGCAAGCCUGAGAACGGAACAAAACAAACACUUUGGCGGCGUUGGUUUCCUCGAUGGAGUUGGAGGGUGGCUGGUUGUCUGUGCGCUUGGAACGUUUGUUGUCAUGAGAGAAAAGAGGGAUCGGAUGAGGGAUAGACUUGCGUGUUUUCGUUCGGAGACCCCACACUGCAUUCUUAUACCCGGGGCGGCAUGGGCUUUUGUUUGUUUGUUGUUGUCUGGAGACAUGAGCGUCUUGUCCUGUUUGGCGUUUGGAGAACCUGUUCAUGGUUUUGAGAAGUUGGAAACUUCUGAUGGGGAUGAUGGUCGAG